GUGAGUGAGAGAGGGAGCAGAUGAGGGAGGCAGCUGCUGGAUACAUCCUCUGACAGAGGAGUAUUCAGAAUGCAGUCAAAGUUCACACAGGAGAAGAUCACAUUGUUGGUCUUGUGUUGUCACCUCGGCAGAUUCGAAAUGCAGAGGCUCUUCUGCCUUCUCCUCUUUGGCCUCCUCCUGGCUCUUGACUGCGCUGCAGAGGAAGGUCUGGAGUUCCCCAAUUUUGAUGGCAAGGACCGCGUGCUGGACAUCAAUGAACGCAACUACAAGAAGGCGCUGAAGAGGUUCGACUUGCUCUGUCUGUUCUAUCACGAGCCGGUUCCUGCCAACAAGGGCCUGCUGAAGCGCUUCCAGAUGACGGAGCUGGUGCUGGAGCUCACUGCUCAGGUGCUGGAGAACAAAGACAUUGGCUUCGGGAUGGUCGACGCCAGGAAGGACUUCAAAGUGGCCAAGAUGCUCGGCCUGGAGGAGGUGGGCAGCCUGUACGUCUUUAAAGACGACCGCAUGAUCGAGUUUGACGGAGAGCUGUCGGCCGACACCCUGGUGGAGUUUCUGCUGGAUGUGCUGGAGGACCCAGUAGAAAUCAUUAACAACGCCAUGGAGCUGCGAGCCUUCGAGAGGAUGGAGGAGGACAUCCGUCUGAUUGGCUACUUUAAAGGAGAGGACUCACACUACAAAGCUUUCCAGGAGGCCUCAGAGCGCUUCCAACCAUACAUCAAGUUCUUUGCAACCUUUGACAAAUCAGUGGCCAAACAUCUUUCGCUCAAGAUGAACGAGGUGAACUUUUACGAGCCCUUCAUGGAGGAGCCGGCCAUACUGCCUGGACGACCUCUGACAGAGAUGGACAUUGUGGACUUUGUCCACCAGCACAGGAGGGCGACUCUGAGGAAGCUCCGCGCUGAGAACAUGUUUGAGACUUGGGAGGACGAUAUGGAGGGAAUACACAUUGUCGCAUUUGCGGAGGAAGAAGAUCCAGAUGGCUACGAGUUCCUGGAGAUCCUGAAGGACGUUGCCAGAGACAAUACAAACAAUCCUGAGCUCAGCAUCGUGUGGAUCGACCCAGAUGACUUCCCUCUGCUGACCACUUACUGGGAGAAAACCUUCAACCUGGACCUGUUCCGGCCUCAGAUCGGCGUGGUCAACGUCACCGAUGCGGACAGCGUCUGGUUGGACAUGUCCCAUGACGAAGACCUGCCCAGCGCGGAGGAGCUGGAGGACUGGAUCGAGGACGUGCUGUCUGGGAGGGUCAACACAGAGGACGACGACGAGUUCUCGGAUGACCUUGAUAGCAUUGACCUCACAGAGGACGGAGAGUAUGGGCCGGAGCCAGGGGAUGAAGAGGACUCCGGUGAUUCAGCUGAUUUGUAAUUCAGUCUUUAACAUCUAUAUAACCAGGGCAGCUUUUCGCAAAUCCUCGGUCACCAGAAAUGUCUGUGCCAGUUAGGAUCAGGGCGACCAACUCUUGGCAUGACACUGGUUCGGGAAGCCUAUACAUUGCAUCAUUUUUUCAAUUUAUUUGCUCUGUAAAAAGCUUGUUUUUGGUUUGUUCCUGUGAGCCGACUGCAAUUGAUGUUGAUUUUAUGCGCUGGUGCUUAAACGGAACCGAACCUAACCUGGUGCGUACUGUCAACCUGGUCAAAACUUCAGAGCCAAAACAUCCGUGGCUCAAUUCUUCGGAGUUCGCACCGACAGAUUACUAUGGUGUUGCACGUGCUGCUUUGGAAAAAAAUCAUAAAACCAGCUGCUUUCCGCUGACUUGCGUGGUCAGCAUCAAGUUGAGGACAACGUUAAAGUGUUCGGAAAACUAUGUGGAUGCUGGAGCCCCAAGACACCCACAGAACUUGUGCCUGUGGUAACAAACCUGAGUAAAAGAAAUAUCCAGCAGACCACAACUGGAAAUAAAUAAAAAAUGAGUCCAGAUCUUCUGCGAAUUAAAGUGUCUUCCCUGUAAUUUCUUCACUCAUGUAAAUAACUCUGUUCCACGCCUGAAAUGAUGAACUUUGUUUUACUUAAUUCAAUGUGUAAAAUUGUAUUCAAAAUAUUUGAUGCAAACUUUAGUAAACUGUAAAUUCAGACUUGUAACUUUGAACACAAGAUCUGCCAAAACUAACAUCAAAUAUCAAAGAUUAAGGCAGUAUUUCUCACAUGUCUGCAUUUGGACACAUUUUACUCUUGGUUUAAAAAUGAUGAGCAUUCACUGAAAUGGUUGUUCAAAUCCAAAGAUUUUAGAGCAGAGUGCUAUCUAGUGGGUUCUGAAACUUACCACACUGUUUUGUGAAAAUAACUGCACUGUUUCAUGAAGCCUCAUCUGCCCAUCACUACAAAAUGGACCUAGAAAGGUUAAAUUGAAGCAAGGAUAUUAAGAAGUGUAAAUAUGCUAUGAAACAUAUAAAAAUAUAUAAUUU